AGAGCAGCGUAGUAGCCGAGGAGGGAGGACCCUGCAGCCGCUGUUCUCUGGCAGAAACCCCGUAGUGCAGCAUAGCAGCGCCAUUAGGUAACUGCAACAGUAUCCAAAAUGGCAGGAGCUGAUGGAGACGACUCUCUCUACCCUAUCGCCGUUCUCAUUGAUGAACUGCGAAAUGAGGAUGUUCAGUUACGACUGAACAGCAUCAAGAAGCUAUCCACUAUUGCUCUGGCCCUUGGUGUUGAGAGGACUCGCACUGAACUCCUUCCUUUCCUUACAGACACCAUCUAUGACGAAGAUGAGGUGCUUUUGGCCUUGGCUGAGCAGCUUGGCAAUUUCACUAUGUUGGUAGGAGGGCCAGAGUACGUCCAUUGUCUCUUGCCUCCUCUGGAGAGCCUUGCUACAGUGGAGGAGACGGUAGUCAGAGAUAAAGCCGUGGAGUCCCUGCGGAAGAUCUCUCAGGAGCAUUCUCCAGUUGACCUGGAGGUCCAUUUUGAGCCUUUGGUCAAGCGGCUGGCAAGUGGUGACUGGUUCACUUCUCGCACAUCUGCAUGCGGCCUCUUUAGCGUCUGUUAUCCACGUGUGUCCAGCACCGUCAAGGCUGAGAUCCGCCAACAUUUUCGCACCUUGUGCGCAGAUGACACUCCUAUGGUGCGUCGUGCUGCAGCAUCUAAACUUGGAGAGUUUUCCAAAGUCCUGGAGCUGGAUUAUUUAAAAAGUGACAUCAUUUCUCUCUUCACUGCUCUAGCCUCUGAUGAGCAGGACUCCGUGCGGCUGCUUGCUGUGGAGGCUUGUGUCAGCAUUGCUACUUUGCUGCCUCAGGAGGACCUUGAGACCCUGGUGAUGCCAACCCUGCGCCAGGCUGCAGAAGACAAGUCCUGGAGGGUCCGCUACAUGGUAGCUGACAAAUUCUCUGAGCUCCAGAAAGCAGUGGGACCAGAGAUCACCAAGAACGAUCUGGUCCCGGCCUUCCAGAAUCUUCUGAAGGACUGUGAAGCUGAGGUCCGUGCUGCUGCAGCAAACAAAGUGAAAGAGUUCUGUGAGAACCUCCCAGAGGACAGCCGUGAGCAAAUCAUCAUGACUCACAUUUUGCCCUGUGUCAAGGAACUUGUUUCAGACACCAACCAGCAUGUGAAGUCUGCCCUGGCCUCAGUCAUUAUGGGCCUUUCUACCAUCCUGGGCAAGGACAACACAAUAGAGCACCUACUGCCUCUCUUCCUGGCUCAGCUCAAGGACGAGUGCCCAGAGGUGCGUCUCAACAUCAUCUCCAACCUAGACUGUGUGAACGAGGUGAUUGGCAUCCGUCAGCUCUCCCAGUCACUGCUGCCGGCCAUUGUGGAACUGGCAGAGGAUGCAAAGUGGAGGGUCCGCCUCGCCAUCAUAGAGUACAUGCCCCUGUUGGCAGGACAGCUGGGAGUGGAAUUCUUUGACGAGAAGCUCAACACCCUUUGUAUGGCCUGGCUUAUUGAUCACGUGUAUGCCAUCCGCGAAGCAGCCACCUGUAACCUAAUGAAGCUGGUGGAGAAGUUUGGAGCAGAGUGGGCUCAGAACACCAUCGUGCCCAAAGUGCUGGGCAUGGCCAACGACCCUAACUACCUCCACCGGAUGACGACUCUAUUCUGCAUCAACGCUUUGUCAGAGGCGUGUGGCCAGGACAUCACUACUAAGCAGAUGCUACCAGUGGUCCUCAAGAUGUCCACUGACCAGGUCGCUAACGUCCGCUUCAACGUGGCCAAAUCCCUUCAGAAGAUCGGCCCCGUCCUUGACAGCAAUGCCCUUCAAACAGAAGUGAAGCCGGUGCUGGAGAAGCUGGCAACAGACACAGACAUGGAUGUCAAGUACUUUGCCCAGGAAGCUAUCAGUGUUCUGGCCCUAGCAUAACCAACCCAACAUGGCUAAACCAGACAACCACCCAAGGCAACAACGCAAACACUUUUACAAGAUAUUUAUUGAUGUUCAGAAACAACUGGUAAAUGUAUAGAGAAAGCUGUUAACGAUUGUUUUAUCCUUUUUUGUUUACUGUCCAAUGGUAGGGCACAGGCCUCUUUCUUAAUCUUCCUCUUUGCUGUAGAUGGGUGCAUUAACAAAGAAAGUGAUGAAAUUGCAUUAAGUGGCGCAUGCUGACUAAUGCGCUACUGUACUAGCAAAGCAUCGCUAACAGAACCCCUCUUACAUUCCUCCCUCUUACAUCCUCGCCCACUGUUGUACUUCUGCCGCAGCGUACCACAUUCUUUCGCUACCUAGCACCCAGCGCUGUGCUAGCACUCUGCGUUUUUCUACCAAUGCUAGACGCAAACUUCGAGCAGCAGAUGGUGCAGCGAGCGGUUUAUUUUGUUGAACUUCCUACCAAAUCGACCUUUUUUCUUUUUUUUUCUUCACCUGACCAAACCUGUUGUGUCUCCUUAAUGCAUCACAGGAUUGUUGUGUAAAAAGCUCAGACAAAGAAAUAACGGGGUGUCAAUUACUGUAGGUAAUCUGAUGAACUCUCAAUGAUUGCAUGUACUUCCCCAACUCUAUCUAACAGACUUACAUGCCUGUGUGCGCUGUUUGUUCUCCGCAGCAACACAGAUUGAAUUGGUCAAACAAUGAAUUACCUCGGGCCACUGUAAUGGGGACCGUCUCAGUCGUAAAGUGUUGCUCAUAAUUAUCCCUCCUCCAAAUCCUCAGUGAUUUUGCUGAUGUGCUAGGGUGGGAAGUAAUGGUCAGUUGUGAUUUUCUGCAAUGUGUUCUCGGCAUCGCUCUUAAUCUUUGUGCCAAUUACUUUGAUAAGCAGUGACGUUUUCUUUUAGUAAGCCUGGGUAAACACUUCCUGCCUGUCCUCUUCCUGUCAGGGCCACUUUAUUCCUCGGACGUUAAUAGGAUGGUAAAACUAAAUUGACUACAGCUAUGAGGGCCGAGGGAUUAACAAAACCAUGUCACUCCUUAUGUUCUAGAGCCACACAGUUUUCCAUGCCAAGUCCUCCACUGUACAUGAGAUUUUAAAGCAUAAGGCCCUCGAACAUGAAGGGCCACCCAAGGAUUCUUGCUUUCAAAUGUACACGAUGGAGAACAAGUGCAUGCUUUCAAACCAAGUGGGAUGGGAAAGAUGGAGAAUGUGUACGUAAGGUUGCAUAAUGUUUUAUUAUGGGGUGGGUGCUGGCGUGGUUAUGGGCGGGUUGAAUAAAUAUAUCGUCUGCGUUGAUAAAAGAAACUUUUGUCUUUCCCUAAACUACUCCCGCUGUUCCCUUCUCCCCCCCCCCCCCCCCCCUCAUUUUUUUCUUGAAUAAACCUUGAUUGUUGAUUGUCCUGUAUCACGAAGACUGUGCUUUUAUUUUUACUUUGAAUUCUCUCCACACUUGAUGCUGUACUACUGUAUCUUGAUCUGAAUAAAGUAACACAAAAUAA